AUGAUAAAAGCUUCAGAAUUUUUGCUAAGUUAAAAUCAAGCAUUAUUGGCCAAUUUUUCCGAGCUAAGAGCAGACCCUAAUCAUGCUAAACCAAUGAUCUAAUUUAUGAAAGGGGAUCCAACUGAAUUUGGGCACGAGCAUUGCAAGAUGAGUUAGAUAGGCUAUGAUAUCGUUAAAUCUGAGAUACCUAAAUCUUAAAAUCACUCUUAUUGUCAUUCAACAGGAACUCAACCUGCCAAACAAGCAGUGGCUAAACAUUUUGGACAUGGAAAGAAUAUUACAGAAAAUGAAGUAAUAAUAACGCAAGGAGUGAAUUAAGGAUUGUUUUAUUGUUUGUUGGGUAUUUGUGAUCCUGGUUAAAAUAUCCUUGUUCCUGAAAUAGGGUUUCCCUUUUUUGAUGGAAUUGCCUAAGCAUAUUAAGUUGAGGUCAGAAAAUAUAAAUUAUAAUCAGAUAAUAAUUGGUAAAUUGAUUUUGAGGAUUUGAAUAGCAAAUUAGAUGUCAACACAAAGUUUUUAUAUGUGAUUAACCCUUCCAAUCCUUGCGGUUCUGUAUUCUCCAAGGAACAUGUUUAGGAAAUAAUUAAUUGGGCAAAUUAGAAUCAUGUAUUAAUAGUUGCUGAUGAAAUAUAUUAUGGAAUGUCCUUUGGAGAUUUUGUUUCCUUUGGUGAAUUGGCAGAUGAAGGUCCUAUCAUUUGUUUGGGAGGAAUGGACAAGUUAUUCUUCACUCCAGGGUGGUAAGUAUCAUGGAUGAUAUUUUAUGAUAAAAACAAUCAUGCAGAUGCAAUAAAAUAAGCAAUGUUUAAUUUAUGUCAAUUGUUAUUGCAUGCAAAUGUAUUUGUCAUGAAUUCUCUACCUUAAAUUCUAGAUCAAUUAACAAUAUUUUAUGCCAGAGAUAAGAUGAUACAUUUCAAAGAAAAUCAUGAUUUUUUAAUUUAAGAAUUAAAUCAAAUAAGAGGUUUCAAAUGUAUACCUGCUUAAGGAACAAUUUAUUUAGCUGUUCUAAUUGAUUUGGAAGUAUUAAAAGUUAAAAAUGAUACUGAAUUUGCUAAAAAAUUACUUUUAGAUUAGAAUUUAAUGCUAUUGCCUUUAUCUUGGAAUGGAACCGAUAAGUAUUAAGGAGUAAGAAUGCUUACCAUAGCAACUAAAGAUGUUUAUAUCGAAAUGAUCGCAAGAUUAAAAGAGUUUGUAAGCAGAUUGUGA